UUGAGGUUAGCUUGUGUAUGAUGUGUCAUUAAAUAUCUCAAGUUUUAUUAGAUCUCAAAUGUUUUGGAUUAAAACAAAGCUUAAAGUAGUAAUAUAAAAUGUCAGUCGUUAUAGAAACAACUCUAGGCGAUAUUACCGUUGACUUGUAUCUAGAUCAGCGUCCUGUAACAUGUUUGAAUUUUUUGAAACUAUGCAAAAUGAAAUAUUACAAUUACAAUUUGUUUCAUUCGAUAAGAAGCAGCUUUAUCGCUCAAACUGGUGACCCCACCGGUGAAGGUUCAGGGGGAAUGUCUAUAUUUGGAAUUCUUGAAGGUCCAGACAAACGAUUGUUUUCUGGUGAGAAAAUGCCAAAAAUUCGGCACACUGAUGCUGGGUUAUUGUCAAUGGUUUGUACUGGAGACAUGAUGAUUGGUUCACAGUUCUUUUUUACUCUCGCUCCUGACUUGGACUCGUUAGAUGGGAUACAUUGUGUCAUAGGAGAAGUCACAGAAGGACAUGAUGUACUAAGAAAACUCAAUGAUGUGAUAUGUGAUGAGACUCAUCGCCCUUAUCGUGAUGUCAGAAUAACACACACUGUAGUGUUAGAGGAUCCUUUUAAUGAUCCUCCAGGUCUAAGAGCUCCUUCGCGAUCUCCUUCUCCUACUGCAGAAAGGUUGAAGGGUGGGAGAAUAGCACCUGAUGAGGAAAUAGAUGAAACUCAAGGCAAGAGCACAGCUGAAGUACAAGAGAUUAUUGAGGAAAAAGAGGCCAAAGCUAGAGCAACUAUUCUUGAAAUUAUUGGUGAUAUUCCUGAUGCUGACAUUGCUCCUCCUGAAAAUGUACUCUUUGUUUGCAAGCUAAAUCCAGUCACAACAGAUGACGAUCUUGAAAUCAUAUUUAGUCGAUUUGGUAAAAUAGUAAGUUGUGAAGUGAUAAGAGAUAAAAAGAGUGGUGAUUCUUUGCAAUAUGCUUUUAUUGAGUUUGCUGAUAAAAAGUCAUGUGAAGAUGCCUAUUUUAAAAUGGAUAAUGUGCUUAUUGAUGACCGAAGAAUACAUGUUGACUUCUCCCAGUCCGUAUCGAAAAUAAAGUGGCUAGGAAAAGGUAGAGGGGUUAAGCUAAUAAAUGAAUCGGAAGAAGAAGAAGGCUCAAAAAAUAAAUCUAGAUAUACUGGUAGAGAAAGAGAUCAUAGGAAUGGUAGAGAUUAUAAUCUUAAAAGGGAAAAUUACGAACAAGAAAGAAAUGAAAGGGAACGGUCAAAACGAAAUAAAAAUGAAAAAAAUAUUGAUAAACAUGGCCACAUUCAGGAUCUGGCUGUAAGAGAUCAUAGGAAACAUACAAGCAACAAAGAUACACAAAGAAAAGAUUCUGAUAGAUAUGAUAAAGAUAUACCAAAGGAAGAUAAAAGACAUAAAGAACAUAGUGAAAGAAAGGACAAUGUUACAGAGAGUAAGAGACUUAAGGAGCAUGAAGUGUGUAGUAAGACUGAAAAUCAUAAAAUUAAACAUAGAGAAGCUAGUCGUAAACACCAAGAUAGACACAACUCUGAGUAUGCUGAAAAUGAUGACAAAGAAAAAAGAAAUAGUAUAAAACAUAGAGACUACCAUACAAAAGAGUGUUCACAUGAUAAUGAAAAUUCUAAAAAUAACGAAAAAAAUUACAAUGUAACACAGAAACAUAAAGAACAUACAAAGCAUUCCCAGAAGUAUAUGGUUGAUAAAAGUACAGAAAAAAAAUUAAGUAGAAAAGAUGAUAAAUCCAAAUUGAAAAGAAAGUAUGAUAAGUCUCCAAAAAGAGAACACAAGAAACGAGAUUCAUCUUGUGACUUAGAGCCCAAAACACCAUCACCUGUUACAAAUAAAAAGAGUAGAUCUGAAAAAAGAAAGAAACAAACAAAGAAAAGACAACAUAAGAAACGCAAACAAUCUACCUCUUCUUCUUCAGAAAGUGAUUCCUCAGAAACAAGUUCAUCUAGUACAGAGUCUAGUUCGUCCAGUGAAGAUAACAGGAAAAGAAAGUCAAAAAAAAGAAAAAGAAGCUCCUCCUCUUCAAGCACUUCCAGUAGUAGUGAUAGCAGUUCUUCUAGUAGCUCAUCAAGCAGUACUUCCAGUUCAGAUUCUGAAGCUGACAGGAAAAAAAGGAGAAAGAAGGCUAUAAAAAAGAAGAGCAGAUAGCAUUGGUAUAGUUAAUUCUUUACAACUGUGAGAUGAUGUUUCAAUGUUGAUUUAGUGUGAAUUCUUUGGAAUUUUAAAUUUAAUUUUUUAUUUAAAUUAAAUAUUUUUAAGUUCAAAA